AUGCAGGAUAUCCUGGAAUUCAUAAAAAGCCAUGCCAAAGGCGUCACAGAGCAAGAAAUCACACAAAACUUCCCGCAGCUUUCAAAGAUCGAAAUUGCAAAGGAGCUGAACAUAUGUCUCAAACAACAGCAGAUAAGCCUGUUCAGAGAAAAUGGCGUUUUGCAUUACAAGUCUCUGGCAAUAAAUGGCGAUGAUUAUGAGCUGAUGAUAUACAACCUUGUAAGCCAGAGUGGAGGCGAGGGCGUGUGGCUGAAGACAAUAAAGGACAAGACAAACAUGCCACAUACUUUGAUCGGAAAGGUUCUUCGGAGCAUGGAGACAAAGAGAAUCAUCAAGUCAGUCAAGUGCCUCAAAAACAACAGGAAAAUGUAUGUUUUAUACGAUGAAACGCCGUCAGAGGAAAUAACAGGAGGAACAUGGUUCCAUGAUAACGACGUCGACUUCGAAUGUGUAUCCAAGAUCCUUGAAGUAGUGCUGCUGUAUCUGGAAAAAAACACUGUUUCUGAGGAUGGGUUGACAUUGCCUGAGUAUGAAGCAAAUCCAACACUAGAUGAUAUCUUGGAAUACAUAAGGAAAAUGAACAUAUUGUCAAUUCCGUUGAAGCGGGGAGACCUCGAAGUGAUUGCGGACAUUCUUGUAUUUGAUGGAAAAGCGGAAAAGCUAUGCUCUGAGACGAUCAAUAGAUAUCGAGUGAUCAAAUAA